GUUAAAAGCACAGAAGCUAAUGUGCCAGAGGAUGUUAAAAGCACACAAACUAUUGUGUCUGAGGAUGUUAAAAGCCCACAGGCUGCCUUAACUGUGGAAAAUGAAAGCAAGGAAACCAGCAAUGAUGAAAUAAAUGUUUCACUCUCUAAUGAGAGUACAGCUUGUAAUGGCACAGGAAACAGUAGUAGCGACUCGAGAGAAAAUACCCCUGAUAAUGCUGAGUCAAAUGAGCCAAAAGAAAGUAGCAGUGAUUCAAUGGAAAGCAGUCCAGAUACAAAGGGAGGAGCUAAUAAAAAGGAUAAUGAUAGCAAUAUGCAGGAUCAGGAUAAGACUAAAUCGAAGAAGAAAAAACGGAAGCGUAAAAAAAAGCAGAGAACUGAAAGUGAGACCGAGAGCUCUGUAACUGAUUGUGACUAUUCUCCUUUAUUGGAUAUAGGGACACCAGGGGUCUAUGAUCGCACUAAACGAGACAAGUGUUUGUUUGACCACCUUGUACCUAAAAACAGUGAUGGGACCCCUAACAGUACAGAGGCUAACAAAGCAACUGAAGAGAGGUUAAAGGCAGAUGAAGAGAGUCCGUUGAAAAAUAAGAUGAUAAUUGAACCCUCAGAGAUCUUCCCAUUUGAGACAGAUGAAAAUUGUUAUCUGAAUGUGAUGCACUUUGAGGCGGAAGAUGGCAUUAUGGAACUAAGGCUGGAGGAGAAAGGCCAUGACGGCUUUAUAAGACGUGAUAAGAAAUUUGACAUAGUCAUCAAGCAAUGGCAUCCCUACAGUCAGAAGUUUAAAGAUGUCACCACUCUCGGGCCAUGUUUCUGUGGGGACCACAAAUUGGGACCCAGGGAGUUCUAUUACAAGCCCAGUGAGCACAGAGAUAAAUGGGAGAGCAAGAGUGAAAGGAAUGAAGACAUGGUACGAGAAGCAAAGGAUCUUGGCCUCAAAGAGGAUGUUGCUAGGAAUUUGAUUGCAAACUUGCCAGAUAAUUUCGAUUUUGGGGAUGAAACCAAGCGUCGAAAUGUGGCAUCUUUUUCAACUGAUGAGAACAAGAAAAAGAAGCACAGUAAAUGUUCCAAAUGCAACGUCAAUCUGAAUAUACAACUGACAGAUGACCAUGAAGGAGCAGAGGAUAGGCAGAAUUUCACCAAAGAAGUGCAAGAGAUCUACAACAACAACACAAGGGAGCCCCAGGUAAAUCUGCCUAAAGAUGUCCUUAACAAACUCAACCAAGACAAUAAUAAGUACACGAUUAGAGAGCGGCUCAGGAAGAAACUUUACGAAAAACAAAGGGAUUCAGGCAAAGAUAAGGGCCCAGAGAUGCAGAGCUACACCAAUCCAAAGAAGCCUACCAUCCCCCCUCAUAUGGAUCCUGAGGAAGUGAAGAAGAUAAAACGUGCAGAGCGAGGUAUGGAGAAAAGAGUGAAGGAAAAUGCGCAUGCUACGAUGGAAAAACAAAGACGGGAGAUUGAAUACCUCGAGGGUAAACAACGGAAACGCAGACAAGCUGAGCGGGAAAAACAAAAACGAGACAUGGAAUUUGAAAAGCAGAAACAAAAAACUGAAAUGAAGAAAAUGUUCGAAAAGCUUGACGAUGACCGCCAAAAAUAUGUUGAGCUUUUGAAAACACCAAGAGCGAACAAUACAGAAGUACCAGUCCCUACUCUGACUAUAGAUAUUGAUAAGUACAUGGAACUGCUUAAGAAGACAGAAAAGGAAGACAGAGAGAAGGUAGCUGAAUAUCUGCCAAAAGAGGAACAGCCCUGUGCUAGCAGUCCUCCCAUAUGUACCCAUAAAGACAGGCCCCAGUACCACACUUGUGGCCAUGCAUGUAACGGACAUCAUCAUUUACCUAAAGAUGACGAGUUGCCUGAUGAGGAAACGAUGAAGCGAAUGGUUGCCCUUCACAAGUUGCAUAAAAAAGAUCAUGAGCUAGCAGCACAAUAUGCACCUCAUCAUAUCUACUCUGACUGCUCAAAGGCCUCUGGUGUCAGAGCUUCUCAAGAAGCUCAAGAAGGAACAGACGAUGAGCCUAUUCUGCCCUGGUGCCGGACUGCAAAAAGACUCCAUGAGAUGCACAAAGAAAAGGAGUUUCUGAAAAAGAAUCCUGACCUACUUAAUGAGAACAGACAGACUGCAGACUAUCUCAUAAAUCUGCAUGCUGGUGAUGAAGAAUGUGCCAAGAAAAAGAAAGAUCAGAAGGUUGCGGAAGUGAUGAACUGUCAAUGUAGCGACUGUAAGAGACCCGAACCGAGUAAUGCUGAACCAAAGCAUCCUUUACACGAGCCCCUAUCUGCCAUGCUACAUGAGGCUUACAGCGAUAGACUUUUAACAUCUCCACCAAGGGUUGAGAUUAACAUGACACCAAAUAAAAACCCUGCAAGGAGUCCGCUGCCACAUGAGCGUACGAUGGGACCAGUCACCUCCUUAUACCAUAACCCUAAUGCGGUCAAUGAUGACUCUAAGACACAACUCAUACUUGGAGUUAAAGUACGAGAGGAUAACUCUCUAUACAUUCAACCAAUAGAGAAGACUCCCGGACUUGAUAUUCACGAUUCUAAUACUUGGCCUAAAUUGGCGGAUGAAAAUGUCGUAGAUAUUAAAUAUCAUAAAGACAAGUUGGACCAGGCUAAGAUUGAGGCAGAACGGAAUAAUCUGAGAAAGUGUUCAAAGUGCAACAUGAGAGAAGCAAGACCAAAAUCAUUUAAAAAGUGUUCAAAGUGCAAGAGUGAGGGGGUAAAGAAUGCCAAGUAUUAUUGUACCCGUGGGUGCCAGGUGGCUGACUGGGGGGAGAGGCACAAGAUGGAGCACAGAAACAUGAAUCGUAUUGUUGAACUAGUGGACUGAAUAGCAUCACAUAUGGAGUAUCGAAUCAUAUUGUUGAACAAGUGGAC